ACCACCUCCGGCCGCGCAGACGCCGGCGCGCCUCUUCACCUCCACCACCUCAACGUUGGAUCGCCUGCUGCCUGACGCCGGAGUCCCGCCGCCACCCACGCUCCCAUGACGACAUCACCUUUAGUGGCCCUGUUCUCCAAAUCACCGAUGGACUCUGGGCUGGAUUCCAUUAGACAGGAGUUUGUGCCGUUUAUUGCGCCAUCGUUGGAGGAGCUGCUGCCGCAGCUAUCCCUUGAGGAGCGGGUACGACUGCAGACUCACCUACGCGAGCACGAGCGCAAAGUGAAGCGAUGGAGUAAGUGCCCUACAUUACCUUCAGGCGCCCCCUCAGAAAGAAAGCGCGACAACAUGAUCAUAGCUCACGUCCGCCACGCUCUCCACUAUUACAAUGCCAGGCACCCGGGUGACGAAUUUGAUGUUGUGAAGCCUCUGAUGGAAUCCAGAGCUACUUUCAGGAAACAGCAGUGGGCCCACGUCAACUUCUGGGCUCGCAGCCGCAAAAGCAAUAAAAUCAAGCGCUUCUUUGCUGAGGUGCACUACAACCCAAAACCUAUCGUUGAAGUGUGCACCAUCAUCGAAGAGCCUCUUGACCGGUACAGGAAGAGCUGCGCAUUCUGUCCUGGCAACCGGGACAUUUUGCACCCUGUUGGUUCCCGUAAGUUUGUUUGUGGAAAUGACAAGGACAGGAUGUUGCAACAAUUCAAGCCUCGUCCAUUCUCUGAAUUUCGUGGAAUGCCAUUCACUUGCUGCCCGAGUUCGGCCUCCCCCACCAUUCAAGAGGAAGAAUCAAAGCGAAAAUUCUGAAUUGGCCCCUGGGAUGCUCACUGUGGCCGUCUGUAGUUCCUAACCAUGGUGGUCGAUUCAGGCCACAUUAGCAGAUAUAUGGAAUAAAUAUUCGUAGAUGUUGUGCAGGACAUAGACGUGGUAUUACAUCUUGAAUAUUGUUCUCCUAAGCUUGUUGGUUAUUUGUGUGUGUUUGCAUCAGCAAUGGAUCAGGUCAGGUGACAUUUAGCAGAUAUAUGGAAUAAAUAGUCGUAGAUGUUGA